AUGCACACUCAGUCUUUUCUCGCCUGUGACACAGUCGCUUUUGUCUUGCUGUUACAAUCCGAACCUGUUACUGAAGUAAAACAGAAUUGUUCGAAUAGAAGUUUAGUUCUGACAACUGGACAAAUGGAGAGAACGCUGGAUACAAGGAGAACGCUUUGUCAAGAUUGGGACGAGUAUUUCAUGGCUCAGGCAGUCUUAGCAGCGAAACUUAGCAGGAAUCCUGACAGCCAGGUCGGCGCAUGUAUCGUUAAUAAUAUAAUGGAAAUCGUCGGCAUUGGGUAUAAUGGUAUGUGUAGGGAACGUGGCGACUAUUUCCAAUGGCACAGUUUCCCGAGAGGCACUUUAGGUGCGCGACUAAAUUUUGUGCCCCACGCGGAAAUUAAUGCAUUGCGCAACAGAAAUUCGACCGACGUUAGAGAUUGCACGAUUUAUGUCACUUUAUUUCCAUGCAACGACUGCGCAAACGAGAUAAUAAAAUUUGGCAUAAACGAAGUGGUAUAUCUGUCGGAUAAGAAUGUCUCCAAUUACAAAACAAUGUAUGCGAAGACUCUGUUUAAUACUAAUCGUGUUACGUACAGGCCACUGAACAAGAAGAUAGAAAUUAACUUUAGUGAUAUCGACUGCAACAGGACGAAUUAAACACCGCAGACUCCAAUGAAUGGCGAGGGUUAAAGUUGGGAAGCCGAAGUUGUAAACAUUAUUCAGCAUUAUUAUCAUUACUGGGGUAUACGAUUAUAAUUUGGAUUAUUCAGCGUAUUUUAUAUAAUUCUAAUUAUUAUGUUUUCCUAAUCCUAAUUAUUAUGUUUAUGUUUUGAUUAUAUAUACAUGACGAGGGUUGCAUUUUAUUAUUCGUUACUAAUAGUGGCGCCCGUUUUAUUUUCAUAUUUGACAUUUGAUGAACGAGAAGAACAGAAUAAUUUUGCCAAUAUUGGCUAAACAAAAGAAACCUUAUGUUAAACUGAAGAAUAAUUUUAUUGACUAUAAAUGUUUGAUACUAUGGUAUUUUACUAUGCAUAAGCAAUUUUAAAAGACGAUUUUAUACGAUCUUAUUUUUCUAUCCAUUAACUUUGUCGUAAAUAUAUUUUUUUUUAAAUAAAUGAGUAUAAAAAUGUA